AUGAUUUUUAAUAAAUUCACUCUUAAUUUUAAAUCGAAAUGUAUUGAAAAUGAUUAUAGAAAUUUGUAAUAAAUCUACAUAAAGUAGGAAUUCACACUGUUUUCAAUCCAAACACUUUUAUUUUUCACAGCUUACAUAUUAUACUACUUUUAAGAAUAUACAUAUAAUGGAAUUAUUGUAGCAAAUAUUUUGGCCUUUAUGGUUUCAAUAGUGAUGCUGAAAUUCAUAAUUAAUACUCAUCCAUCGUGGAAUGAGUACAUAUUGCCACUACUUUAAAUUUAUAUUGCCUACAUUUGGAAUUUAGAUAACUUUUUCCCCACAACUACAGAAGAUCCCAAUUAUGAUUAUGAUGCCAGUUAUGAAUAUAACUGGUAUUAUGGAUUUCAAGCAUUCUACUUCCACUUCGCAAUAUUGUAACUUGGGUAUCAAAUAUGGCCUUAGGCAAUUGCUCUUAUUGCUAUAUAUAUUUAAUAUGUUACUUAUUACCCUACUUAGACAUUAGAAUAUUUAGCAAUGUGCUUGACUAUAUUUUUAGUAUUUAUAGGAUUAGUUGUCAUGAAAUAUUCAAAUGAAAAGAUAAAAAGGUUAUAAUUUAGGGACAGCAGAGAAUAGAAUAGAUGGAUCAAGAUUAUAGAUUAAGUUUUAGAGUAAUCUAUUGUUGUUAUUAAGUUUGAUCAAAAGUAAGAUUAAUUAAUACUGUAAUAAAUCAAUGAAUUAUCAAAGACAAGAUUAAAAAUAGAAAAUAGUAAGGAAUUAAGGGAAAUGCUUAGAAAUAUUUAGAUGAUUAUUGAAAUUAACAACUUGGAAAAGGAUGAUAUAAAAACAAAGAAUUUAGAGUAAGAGAUAAGAGAUCUCAUAAUUAAAAAUGAUUCCUAUAAAUUAAUUACUCAUUAGGUGGAUGUUAGAUCAAAUGUUUUCAAUAAGGAAUAUAAAGUGAAGUUGAUUCAAUAAGUGUUAUAAGACGAAUAUUGCGUGAUUGCAAUAUUUGAAUAAAAUUUAAGAAAUUAUAAUAAAUAACUCCAAAUUGAAGUUAAGUACAAGGAAAAUAUCUUUUUAUUUUUAUUGAAGUAAUUCUUCUAAUAAAUAAAAACUGCCAAUUCUAAAUUGAAAAUUUUAAAUUCAAUGAUUAAUUUUUAACAAAUUCGUCUAUUACUUUAUGAUGAAAAUCUAAAAUGUAGAAAAUCUUGGAUAUCCACUUCUAUCCUCGUAAGCUAAAUGAAUCUACUAUAUUCAAGGAAGAUCAGAGUUACAAUAAAAAAAGAUAUUUAAGGAUUUGUGACUAAUUAAAUAUAUCUAUUUAGUAUACUAAUGAGUAUUCCAUAAGUUUUUGAUGAAUUUUAAUGUAUGAAAAUCAAGGGCAAAACUAUACUCAAUAUUUAGAGAGUGAAGAUAACUAUGAUUGGUAGAAUGAAUGAUGCAUAAGCUUAUCAAAAAUUGUUUAAAUAAAACUUAAACUUAUGCCAAUCCCUUAAACAAAACUAGAAGAUAAUUUUGAAGCAUCUUUAACAAUUAAUAUCAAAUAAAACUAUGUCGUGUCAAUAUAAAAAUUAGAUAAUAUCAAUCUAUUUAAACAAAUUUCUACUAUGGGAAGGAUUCAGAGAGAAAUAUUUCAACCUGAAAACUAAGGACAUGUUGGCUCAUCUUUCAUUUGAAUUUGAAGUUUGA